AUUCAAAAUUGCUUAUAUUGUUUAUUUGGAUAAAGGAUUUAAUACUCCUGAUAAUAAUAAUGAGGACUGUAAAUAAAAAAUUGUUUAAUUGUAAUUCACGUGAAUUCAGAAAUAACUAACACCUACCGAGGUAGAUAUUGUAAAGUCUUCUGUGUCUCGAAUAUUUCAGAGGCCAAUUAACUUGUUUCUUGAACGAUGGCAGUGAAAUGAAAGAAUAAGGAGGCAUAAUAUCAUAGUCCUCCGAAAUGGAAACGCAUAAGUACUAUUACAGGGUAAAGGUGCCACAUGAUAAUGUAAUGCUGUUUAUAUACGACACGGUUACAUUUACUGGUGGGUUAUCGGUUUGUUUGCAAUUACAUAAAAAAUACAAUAAAAUAAAUAUUUUACCUGAUAUAUUAUUCCAUUACCGACGAGUAUUGGACCACAAUGCCUAUGCUGGUUACCAGGACAACAGGUUUGUUAUAAUAAGUAGUUACAACAGUUUAAAUUAAUAACAUUGAAACAUCCAAUAUAAUAAUGAGUUUUUGUGUGGACUUGGUGUCUGAAGAUUCUUUUUAUGAAAAUAUUACACUGGGAGUAACUAAAUUAUUGGAAUCUGAUCCCCGCAUUUGCAAUGUGAGUGUCGAACGUAGGUCCCCUUGCGAUCGCGUAGCUCUUUCAACAUGGGAACAAAGACAUUCUGCAGUACUUCCAGAAGAUCUUAGAAAUUUUUAUGCUUCAAGUGAUGGUUUCCAAUUAACUUGGCACUAUAAAUAUUCAGCCGAUGAAAUUCUUCCGGUUGGGUCUAUUCGAGUGAAUUCGUUAAAUGAAUUGUGCUUGUCACCAGCCUUGAAGGAUUUGUUGGAUUUUUCUAUGACUAGACAAAAUAGCGGCCCGCGACCGGUACUAAACACAAAAAGUAAGGUGUUCGAAUUGGACUCGUGCCGGACUAUUGGAAAAGUAUGUUUGAUACACACUGGUGGAUCAUGGUCAGUAUGGCUAGCAACUCGCGAAGGGGCAUGGGGUUGGCUGGCAGAUUCUUUCACAUUAUAUUUUAGAAUGGCGUUAGUUCACCUGGGUUUACCCGGUUGGCAAGCAAUAUUCGCUAAUCUGCCCCUUAUACCCUGGGCCGAGCAACUAUUUCUUUUACUGGCACCGCAUUUGCUAGACAAGAUUGAUCAAGAAAAUAACACUAUAGUUGUUGGAAGCGAGACUGGAUUGAACCAUAUUGAUCCAAACAUAUUUAAAACUUCAGCCCGCCAUCAUAAAACUACUCGACAGGCAAAUCAGUAGAAACUAAAUGCGAGAUAACGAAAUAAUUUUAUUGGGAUGCCGAAGAACAUAGUGUAGUUUAAAUUAAUAGCAAAAUACAUAAAUUGAAUAGCAAAAUUAUUAAGUGAACAGUGAGCGAUAAAUUAAAGCACGUUAGGUACAUAAUGUAUAAUAUAUUGAAUAAUUUCGACACAAUAAAAUUUAUAGCUAAAUAACAAAAUAAUAUGGACGGAAUGUGAGAUUCAAUGAUGUUUACAACUAUAUGAUUAAAUUAACAAAUCUAACAAGCAAGUUCCUGAAUACAAUAUUGUAUAUACAUAAAUUGCAUUAUUAUUUAAAUUAUUUAAAAAACACAAGAGUGUUCAAAUCUUAUUUAAUAAAGUUAUACAGCGUUCUUACUCUUAAUGUGAUUAUAUUUAUGUGAUGUAAUGCAACAAUUGUAAAAGUAUAUAUAUAUAUAUAUAUGUAUAUAUAUACUUAUUUGAGAUGUGUACGUGCAAAGUAGGUAACAUAAUUAUUACAUGUCUAAUUUACUACAGAUAGCAUUUUUAUUUAAAUAACUUAUUAUUACAAACGAGUCAGAAUUGCAUUUUCUAAACCUUGUUAAUUCUAUUGCUUUCUCAUAAUUCUGCAAUUUGAUACAGGCACCAAGAAGGCUCAUAAAGCAUUGAUUCUGUAUGCAGCAAAUAUGAAUAGUACUUAUAAUUUGAAAGAAAAUCCUUACGAUCCACCUUAAAAUUAAUAUGUACUUACAUCCGAUUGGUAAAAAUUAAAAUAAAAAACAUGAAAAACUAAUAACUCUGCAGAAUAACGAACGUUUUCGUUCACGAACAUAUUUCUAUAAUUUUGUGAACUCACGUAGAACGUGUCAUGUUGGUGACCACUUAUUAUAAACUACUUCAUUGAGAAAUACAAGAAUAAAAUCGUCUUUAUUACAUAAUACCUAUAUUUUAAUACCAUUCUUCUUUUACACACUCUAGUUCUACAAAUUCGUACAAAGCCUAUAUAAUGAUUUAUUAGGUGGGUUACGAGAUGAUAAAUUAUGAAAAGACUUCAGAAGCAUAUGACAUUAAGUCUGUAGCAUGUUUAAGACUUAGAACAUUAUAACCAUAAUAGGAAAGUUUAGAUCGUAAUUUCUAGAAAGGAAUGAUGUACACAAUACAAACAUUAGCAAGAAAUCUGUACAUUCUCAAGCACCUAUAUAACAAAUUAUUACUAUUAGGUCGCAUACACAAUAAAUAUAUAUAACGGCAAAUUAUCAUUAAAAAACAUCUACAAAAAACUAAGAAUAAAUAUGGGAUAAUUAUAAAAUAACCUGUUACAUGUCACCAAGUCGUAUAUUAGCUUGUGAUGCUAUACAAAUUAUAAGAAUAGUUAUUCUUAUAUGUAGUGGAUUUAAGAAUAGCUAAUAGAUUUAAGAAUAUUACAUAUUUGUGUAUAUUGCUUUUAUGGCGUAAUUUAUUGUUUGCAUUAUGCUUUACUUAUUUUUUACAUAUGUAUUUUUUGUCUUUAAACGUCAAUAAAUUAUAUUCCAUAAUAUAAACUCAGUACUUGAACAAAGAAUUACCUACCUAAAGGCGGUCUCGUAUUGUAAAUAAUGCUCUAAGCUUUAAUAUUAUAAAUAAACUAUGUGACUACAGUCAGAAGAUUUCAUUGUCGUUCUAUGUAUAAAUUAAAAUACAUAAAGAAGUAAAAUCAUACUAUUAUAUGACCUUAACAAGCAAGAUAUAUCGGAAUAGUAAUUCCGAUUUUUUAUAACAUUUUUCAGUACCUACAGUCAGAAGAUCACUCUGUAAGAUAAUGGCUACUGUAAUAGUAGUAUUAAUGUUAAUUAUAAAAUAUCAAAUGAAAGAAGUAUUUUAAUAUAGUUUGUGAUAUUUCAAGUUGGGCAGGCGGCAUUACCGAGAUGCUGGAAGGCAUAUCCGCACCUAAUUAUACUGGUGCAAUUUUACCAGUAUCGUAGAUCUGAUAAGUUGAUUGAUAUUAAAAUGCGUUUUCGUCACGUUAAUUAUAAUACAAUAGAUUAUAUAACAAAAUAAUAAGUAGUAAAAGUAAGAAUACACUAAUGAGUACUAAAAUAUACGGAGAUAAA